AUGGCUGCGCCAUCCAAGUUUGCGGCGCUCUGCUCUCUCUUAUCCCUUACAACUAUCACUCAUGGCCAGAAUACUGGAGGGACCAUCAACGCAUUCUUGUCAGAGAAGUUUAAGGAUCCGGCCGAGGUGUUAGCGAUCCCCCUGAAAAGGGUCGAUAGGUCAGAACUACCAGGGGCAUCGACAAGUAUCCAGAGAAGAUACUUCAAGACUGAUGUAGUUGACUUCUUCGGAUCGGCUUAUUUGGCAAAGAUCACGGUCGGCACGGGAGCAUCGAAUCAGGAAGUCCAAGUCCUCCUUGACACCGGCUCCUUUGAGCUAUGGGUGAACCCAAACUGCACAGCUUCCAAUCUUCCAAGCUACUGCCAGCAAUUCGGCAGCUAUGAUCCGAAAAAGUCUUCGACUGCCCAAAACUUGACGACACCAUGGAGCAUUACAUAUGGUUCUGGUAGCGCUCAGGGCAUCUACUUCACCGACGAUAUCUUCAUCUCUGGUGCGCAAAUCAAGCAGCAGCAGUUUGGCCUUGCUAGAAACUCACAGUCUGUCUGGUUCGGCAUCAUGGGCCUUGGCUACGGCAAAAUGGCACAGGGGAAACCGGGUUUUCUCCCAUACAACACUGUUGUCGACACCCUCGUGGCGCAGAACUACACAAACAGCAAGGCGUUUAGUCUCGACCUUGGCUUGCAGGCAGAGCCAGAGAUGUCCAUCUCAGGCCAGAUAGUCUUUGGCGGCGUCGACACAAACAGGUAUUCUGGAACGCUGGCAAAGGUACCUAUCGACAACGAGGAUGCGCACUACAAGGUGACGCUUUCUGCAGUUGCCCACCGCUCACCAAGCUCUCAAUCUGCGAAUAUUGUAUCUGCCGGCCCAAUCGAUGUCAUCGUCGACAGUGGCACGACUUUCUCCCUUUUACCACAGGCUCUCGUGAACGCUUUAGCGGCGCAGUUCCCUGGUGCAACGUCUGAUGGCGGCGGUGGCUACAAGGUCCCAUGUUCUUACCUCACACUCCCCGGAGCUGUCGACUUCUCUUUCGGCCGUGUCAAGAUCUCGGUCCCGUACUCAGAGUUCAUCUGGAACAACGGCAACAACUGCUUCCUGGGUGCCUGGUAUAACCAGAACAUCAAUGUUUACAUCCUUGGCGAUACCUUCUUACGCGGUGCUUACACCAUUUUCGACCAGGACAACUCAGCUCUCUACAUGGCCAAUUACACGACCUGUGGGACUGGAAGCAAUCUCGUGGCUAUCCCUGCCGGUAUGGACGCUGCUGCCAGUCUUCAGGGAAGCUGCCAGAUUCCACAGACGUCCACCGUUUCGAGCUCCAGCCUUACCACGGGCACGCCGCCAACAACGGUGACGAGUGCUGGUUCGACCUUUACCGGUCCAACAUUCACCGGAGACCCGAACCCUCUUGGCCCCGCCAAUGCUACCACAUCGGAGAUGGACAAGCCCACAAGCACAGGCAGCGACGUCGUGCCAACACCUACUUUGGAUACAACAAGCGGUACUGUCUCAGUCACAAGCAGCUCUGAGCUCCCUCGCGUGACUUCCAUUGCCGACGGGCCCAUAUUCCUAGGCGUCCUGCUGGACGGCGGUGCAGCUAAGAACAACACGAAGCGUGACUUUCCACCAUCAAGGUCACGAUCUAGCAAGCGUCAGACAACGGGUGGUUUUAUCGGCGGCGCAGGCCCCACGAACCCGGAAUCAUGCAGCGAUGCAACCAGCUUCAACCUCACCGACGGCCAGCUUGUCAGUGGUGGGCAAGCCGUCCGUACCGACCCCGCCGUGGCCUUCAUGCCGCUGCAGGUUCAGCCCUCAGGUUCCAUCUCAACCACUUUUGCCGUCGUCGAUGGCGUUCUGCACUGGUUCAACGACGCCUUCUACCAGGGCGAGGCCGGCUUCUGCCAGACUGCCGACGGGGAGAUACAGCUGACAUUCGUGUCCGAGGCCGGCUGGCCCGCGGGCUGCACGGCCGUGAGCCUCGCCGUGUACGAGGACCGGCAGUGCCAGGACGGCACUCUCGUGCUGGCGCCCACCACCGCGUCUGCUGCUACAUCUACUGCUACACCUACCGGUGCCCCUGACGGGUUUACGACCGUCCCUGUUACCCGGACCAACACUAUCACGAGCACGAUCACCAAUGUUGUCGUCUACACCGUGACCGCCUGCCCGCCCGAGGUGGCCAACUGUCCGAUCGGCCAGCUCGCGACGACCACGAGCGUCUACGUGACCACGAUCUGCCCUGAGGACGCGCUGCCGACGACACCUGGGCCUUCGCCUUCGCCGCCGCCGCCGCCCCAGCCCACCUCCGGACCCGCCGUCCCGCCCAACGCCGCGCCCGCGGACGGCGGCGCCGCCGUGGCCGUGGUCUCGGUCGUCACCGUCACCGAGGAGUGCGAGACGGCGACCUUCGCGGUGACGACCUGCGCCCCGGGCGCGGCCGGGUGCACCGUCGGCGCCCUGACGACGCAGACCACGACGCGCUACCGCACCAUCACGCAGACGACGCCGCAGGAGACGGGGGCCGGGGGCGUGCCGCCCGUCGCGCAGAAUGCCCCCGGGUCCGGGCCCGGGGUCCAGAUGGGCGCCGGGUACAACAACAGCGCGGACGCCACGGCGACGCCCAGGCCCGUGUAUGCGUAUGCGGGCGCCCCGGCGGUCGAGGCCAGGGCCUGGGGGUUGGUGCUUGGGGCGCUGCUUGGGGCGCUGGUAUUGACGUUAUGA